CCAGGAGAGUGGGGGGCCUGAUGGGCCAGGAAUGGGGUCCCUGGGCACAGCGCUGGUCCUUCUGGGGCAGCUCUGGGCCCUGCAAGGAGCUCCAGGCCUGAGUGUGCUUCAGGAGCCCAGGUGGCUGCGGGUGAGGCAGGACACCCAGGUGACUUUGACCUGCGAGGUGGUGCAGACCCAGGCCUGGGAGCAGCUCCGUGUGGAGUGGAUCAAGGAUGGCGACAGCGUGUGCCAAUCAUAUGUCACCAAGGGCAGCCUCAGGCCAGGGGGCUGCGGGCCCCGGAGGCGGCUCUCCUGGCGGCCACCUGGCACUGUCACCCUGCAGCUGGACCGCGUGAGCCUCAACGACAGCGGGGACUACGUGUGCUGGGUGGCCACGGAGAUCCCGGAGCUGGAGGAGGCCGAGGGCAACGGAACGUGGCUGCUGGUGGAGACAGAUGGCCGGCCACCGCCAAAACAGGGCUCCAGCUUCCCAGGACUCCUCCCGGCUCUGCUGGUGGCGGGGGGCGUGGCCGUGGCCGCGAUCGCGCUGGGCGCCGGGAUCUGGGGCCGCCGCCGCUGCGGGCACGAGGACUCAGGGAACCCCCUCUACAGCAACGUCCUCUACCGGCCCCGGGGGGCGCCAAAGAAGACUGAGGCAUGGCCUGUGGAGGGGAAGGUGCUGGAGACCCCCAGGGAGGACCGGAAAGCCCAGAGCUUCUAUUCCGUCUCUUUCCCGCAGCCCCCCACCCCCCAGCGGUGCCUGGCCCCCAAACCUUGCCCCAGCCCCAGGCCCACUCAUCUCAUCUCUACAGUCAGAGUCUCUCCUGACCCAGGCCCCUCUAGGCAGCCGAGGCCGAGAGGGUUCCUUGAAGAAGGAAGAGAAGUCGGAGCCCCCGGAGACCCAGAGAGGACCCCCAAGUGGCCACGUGAAGAUGCGACUGGUUCCACGGGGGUCAGCGGGGCCCGCGCUCCGUCCUGA